AUGUACUUGUCCGUUGUUCUCUCUCCAAUUCGAUUUUUCGUUUGACCAGUUUGCGCUCUCUAAAGAAGCCUCUGUCAGUUUAUUACCAAGUUUCACUUUCUUCAAAAAAAAAAAAAACACACAUUUAAUUUUUUUUAAAGAACCGUGAUGAUGAUGGAUAAUUUCGAGUGACAACCAAUCGACACACUUUAGCCCCUUUUCCCCGUCCGACUUCGACACUCGCAGUGUGUGUGUGUAUGUGUGCGCAUAUGUGUGUGUGUUCAGUGUACACCUUGUGUUGCGUGCGUGAAUCUUAAAAAGACAAUUUGACCUACGACCUGCUCUGAACUUUUUUUUUUUUUUUAGCAAACGACCAUGGCUGCGUCGUCAUUGAUUUCGCUCGUGUGUCUCGUUUUCAGUAUCUUUACCUUGACAACGAUGGAAGUGAGAUCAUCUGGCGUGUUUGAAUUGCGUUUUGACCGAUUUCAAAAUGAGUUGGGUCGCGAUGCUAAAGGUCAUUGCUGCGACGGAUUCAAGGCAUCGUCGUCGUCGCCAAAUGGCGGCGCCCGGUGCAGUGAAGCGUGCCGCACGCAAUUUCGGGUCUGCCUCAAGCACUACCAGACCAGCAUCGACUUGUCUGGAGCGUGCACUUAUGGCGAUUUUUCAACACCCGUACUCGGCGACAAUUCGCUUGAUUUUACCAACGCUACCAACUCUAAUUCAUCGGUCACCAAUGGAUAUACCGUCCGAUUGCCAUUCGAGUUCUCUUGGCCUGGCACUUUCUCGCUGAUCAUCGAAGCCUAUCACCAGCCAAGCAACACUACAGACAAAGUGCUGGUGAUGCAGAUGGCCACACAGAGAUGGAUGGACUCGUCGAACGCGUGGAAAGCUGACUCGUACUCAGCCGCCGAUGGAUUACACGCUUUGAACUAUAGUUACCGGGUGAAAUGCGACGAGCAUUACUAUGGCGACGGAUGCGCUAAUCUUUGCCGCCCCCGCGACGACAAAUUUGGCCACUACACCUGCUCUGAACCCAGCGGCGAUAAAGUGUGCCUACCCGGAUGGAGUGGCGAAUACUGCACUAAAGCCAUCUGCUUGCCUGGAUGCCACGACGAGCACGGCUUCUGCAACGAUCCCAACGAAUGCCUAUGCAAGUUGGGAUGGCAAGGGAAAUUGUGCGACCAGUGCAUCCGCUACCCAGGCUGUCUUCAUGGAUCGUGCCAACAACCAUGGCAAUGUUAUUGCAACGAAGGAUGGGGUGGUUUAUUUUGCAAUCAGGACCUUAACUACUGCACCAAUCACAAACCCUGCAAAAAUGGCGGCACCUGUUUCAACACUGGCCAGGGAUCCUACACCUGUACCUGCCCGGCCGAGUACACUGGAACCGACUGCGAGUUGGUCAAAGACGAUUGCACCGUCAUCCCGUGCCUCAACGGCGGAACCUGUUCGGGCGAGACGAACGCUACUUGCAACUGCCCGGCUGGAUUCCACGGACGUCGCUGCGAGACCUCUACACAACAGACUUGCUCCGACAAUCCAUGCCUUCACGGAGCCACCUGUGUGGACACGACCGACAAGGGAUACAUGUGCCUCUGCCCUGACGGCUUUGACGGCGCCAACUGCGGUCACCAGGUUGACGACUGCGCUGUCAACCGUUGCCAGAACGGCGGUUCCUGUGUCGACAAGGUCAAUGGUUUUAAAUGUAUCUGCCCAGCCGGUUUUACGGGACCCCUGUGCCAGACGGACAUUGACGACUGCCAAACGGAUAAUCCCUGCUUGAACGGAGGCUCGUGCGCCGACUUGGUCAAUUCGUUCCGCUGCCUCUGUGUCCCAGGCUUCACUGGCUCGUUGUGCCAAACGAACGUGGACGACUGCCUAACGAAACCAUGCUCGAAUGGCGGCCAAUGUCACGAUCUAGUGAACGACUACCGCUGCACUUGCAAACCCGGUUUCGCCGGCAAGGACUGCAGCCAAGAAGUCAACGAGUGCUCUACCCGCCCGUGCCUCAACGGCGGCACUUGCAUGGAUCGCAUCAAUGAAUUCAAGUGCGUCUGCCCGCGUGGAUAUUCGGGAUUGCGAUGCGAACGCAACGCUGCCCACAAAAACAAUUCGACGGCACCAACCGUGCUGGGCAGCGCUUCUCGCUUGAGCAACGUGCCCUCUGAGGCUUCUCUCUCUGUCGCGCAGAUCGUCAUGAUCGCCACCAUUUCGACGGCUGUCCCAUUGAUCGCCAUCGUCUCUUGCGUCGUCAUCGUCUGCUUGAAGAAGCGUCGCCAAAAGGAGCAACUCCGUUCCGACGAGGAAGCUCGGCGCCAAAACGAGCAGAACGUUGUCCACUCAAUCAGCAAGAAGAUGGACAAGAUGGACAAGUGCCUGGAAGAGCACCGCAUCAUCAACACUUUGGAUUUCCCAUCGUCGAAAGGCAAAUCGAUCAACGAGCCGGAAUAUGCCAUCGUUCAAACGAAGGACGUGUCGCCUCAUCACCACCAGCAGCAGCAACAACAGCAGUACAACAUCCACAGAACGAGCAAAGCGCUCAACGUGGAGACGUUCAACAGCGACAAGCUGCUCAACUCCUCGUGUCAAUCGAAGGAGGUGGUUUCCAAUUGCGAACCAACUUACGUCACGCUGGAUAAGAGACUCUCCGUCACGCCCAGCGUCACGUGUUCAUCUUCGCCGAGUGAACACAAACGACCGUUUCCCUUGCAGCACGAAGAUGUCCUCGCAACAUCGGUCUGAAGAGAGAGUCGUCGCCAAUUGUUUUUUCUCCACUUGCAACAUGACGAAUGUUUUCAUAUAAUUUGCCUCACAAAUAUUCGUUUUUUUUUUUUUUGCCUAUUUUUGAAAAUAGUUGUUGAUUUGUGAAUGUCUUUAUUCUUAUUUUUUUUCUCCGUUUUCCCCUUUUUUAUUUUUUUUUCUCUGCACACAGUCCAAAGAGACCAAAAUCAUUUUGAUUUUUUUUUCCACCCCCUGUGUCCUAAAAAAAAAUUCUGCAACCUAUUCACAGUCCCUCAAAAAAAAAAAAUUCUCCACCGACUAUCUAAUUUUUCCUCAGACGAGAAAGGGACAUGAUCCUCCGGAUACUUGUUUACUAUUACGAAUACUAUUAAUUAUUAUUAUUUGCUAGUUUUUUUUUCUUGUUCUCAACCUGUUCUGACACAAUGUGUGAUAUGUUUUAUGUAAUCGUGAAUUUACAACUACACAGAUGUUUCACCCAACUCUUUCUUUUUUUUUUUUUUCUUGAAAAAUAAUUUUCUGUUACAUCUAUCUAUCAACCCCCCCCCCCCCCCCCCACCAACUCCUCCGGAAUUGAAUUGAGGAUCUCAGGACGAAACGAACCAAUUCUUAAUUUUCUUCUUUCAUUCUUUUGACCUUUUUUUUUCCUUCUCCGCGGAAUAAUAAUAUUAAUUUUUUUUUUUUUCAAAAUUUUUGUAAACUAAACACUUUAUAUUAUUAUAUUAUCUGAUGGAAAGUCGAGUCUGACUUCAUGUUUCCAUCUCUCCAGUACGUGUUCGUGAAUGUUCCCCCCCCCCACCUUUUUUUUUGCCUGUUGUGCUAAGUCAUCUUUUCUCUCUCUCGUUUUACUCCCGCCCCCUCAAAGCCGCUUAAUUGCGAUAACGAGCAAGCAAAAAAAAAUAAAAUAAAAUAAAAUAAAUAAAAUGUUCACCCAACAAUUGCAACGUGAAAAAUGUUGUAAUUUCAGUUGUGGUAGACUAAUUAGUUCUCGUUGCUUUGUAAAGUCAAUGUCAGUCCUUAUCAAGAGGUCUCCCCCA